CGGUUUUAUGUUGUGCUUAUGUUAUGUUAUGCAUUUCAUGUGCGAAGCCCUUUAGUGUGACAGUUACAAAGUUAGGUUAGAUACUCAAACUCAUUCGUAUCAUUCAUCAACGUUAAUUCAUUUUUUUUAAAUAAAAUGGUAAAAUGCAUAGUACCAGGAUGUUUCACGACAAAUUCUUCAGAUAAAUGUAAAAAUAAAUUUCAGAAAGUAUUGGAACAAAAUAUAAAAAUUAGUUUUCACAGGUUACCAAAAGAUGUAAAUAGAAGAGCAUUAUGGCUUAAAAAUAUUGGAUUAAGUGAACAUAUUAACUUGAAAAAACAUGCAUCAAUUUGUUCUUUACAUUUUAAAGAAGAAAAUAUAAACAGGACUUUAGAUAAAAUUUUUUUACGUGAAAACGCUGUUCCUUGUGUACAAGCUUUUGUCGAUGACACACACAAUAGAGAACAAGAAAACAUCAAAAAUCAACAGAAUUGUUUAAAUGUAUCAUUUUCUUCUAUUGAUUAUAAUUUAGACCAACCUUCAGAUUUAGAAACCUCAUUUUCAUCAGUUGAUACACAUAUGACAAACAAAUUAAAUACAGGAAAUCAAAAUGACAAUAAUUUUCAAAAACCAAGUACUUCCACAGAUGAAAUAUUUUUUGAUGAAUCUAUUGGAGAAUUAAUUACAACAGAAGAAUCUUUGUUAACUGAUAAAUUUCAAGAUUGCACUGUAAGACUCGAGGAAGAGACUUUUAUUGAUAUGGGUUCUUCUCCAAUAAAUUUAUCUGAAAAUUCAAAUUUGAAAGUUCAUCGCUCAACAUCUGUUAGUCCUGAACAUUUGCAAGAUGACAAAGAUGACACAAUCAAAUAUUUGAAAGCUUCGUUGAAAGAAUAUAAACAAAAAUCACAACAAACCAUUAAACGUUUGAAACGCAAAAUCAAACAAAAAUCUAAAGCAGAUUAUGAUACUGCUAUGAUGUCUUUAUCACAAUUAGAUAACAAUUACUUAGAUGUUUUAGAGCAAAUAGAAGAUGGGGAAGUAUCAUGGAAAUACUUUGAACAACUACACACUAUUCAGGAAAAGGAAAGACUUCAUUUAACAAAUAAGUUACGCAGUAAAUAUUUAAAUUAUUGAAAGCAGAAAAUGAAUUCGACUUGCAGCUCAAUUAUUUAGUAAUAGUGUUGCCAAUUCAAUGACAGUUUUAAAAAAUAUGAAUAUUUCUUCAUUUUAAGAUAGCACUGCUACAAUCCGUUUUAUAAAUUUAUUUAAUGAUCUUUUUGAUAUAAUGAAUAGUAAAAGUUUAAAAAGCUCACAUUUUAAAAAACCAUUAGAAUAUUUAAAAAAAAAUGAGAACCAACAAAAUCAUAACAAAACUAUUUUUGCAAAAUUACUCAAAUGUGAAAAUUAUAUUCUUAAUUUGGAAACAAAAACCUCAGAAAAAUUCAUUUUUACUAAAAAAAAGGUGGGGUUUGUUGGAUUUUUAAUUUGUAUUCUUAGUUUCCAGCAACUAUAUCGUGAAUUAUGUGAACAUGAAAAGGUUUUAAAAUAUAUACCAUCUUACAAAGUGAGUCAAGAUCACAUAGAAUUGCUUUUUGUAUAGAGCACAUAAUGGUUGUAACCAUAAUCUUACAGUUCGUCAAUUUGUUGGUAUAUUUAAAAAAAUUUUAGUACAUCAUGAACUUUGCACAGAUAAUACAGGUAAUUGUAUACCUCAAAAAAAUAUUUCUAUAUUACGUAUAAUAUCAAAAAUAGAUCCGGUGAAUGUAAUUAAUAUGACCACGCCAUCAAUCAGUCUUAGCUGAAACAAGUAACAAAGAAGAUAAUUGACAAAAACAUUGAUAAGGAUACAGAAAGAUUAUCAAUGUUAAUUCAGAAUUUUGACACACACUCAUAUGUAACACAUCCAUGUACUGUAUCAGAAGUUGCUAAAACAAUUAUUUCUUACAUAGCAGGUUUUGUUCGAUCUUUACAGAAAAAAAUAAAAUGUGAAUAUUGCUUAAAAGCUUUAGAAAGUUCUACAUCAUCAAAUUCAUCUUUAAUUUCAAUAAAAAGUAGAGGAUUUUUAAUUUAUCCAUCGUCUAAUGUAAUUUUUAUUUGUACAAAAGCUGAAAAAAUAAUAAAAAUGUGUCUUUAUGAAA